UUUGUGCGGCUGCUGCAGCAGCAGCAUCACUCUGAGCAGCGCGUCGGUGCAACCAGGUCUCCAGCAGCAGCUCUCUCUCUCUCUCUCCCUCUCUCUCCCUCUCUCUCUCUCUCUCUGCCGGUCCAACGCGAACAGGAACGGGCUGGACUUUACCUCAAGUUCCCGCAGGAAGAACCCGGCGGAACUCUCCCGAUCCAACCAGCGGCAACAGGAGGAAGAGGAGGAGGAGGAGGAGCAGGAGAAACACUGGAGGAGGAGAAAGACUUUGUUAACACCUAAACCCACCCUCCCCCAUCUUCCCCCUACAAAAACUAACCACUAAAGGGAAUGCCAUCGAUAAAUAUGAAACUGGAGAUGGUGACCAUCAUCGCCUGCGAAGUAGACAUCGAGGUGUUUACCUCGGACAAAAUGCAGGAGAGGUUUGAGGCAGUGUUUAGGAUCUACGAUGAACAGACGACCUUCCAGAUGUUUAAAAGCUUCCGGAGAAUCAGGAUCAACUUCAGCACCCCAGAGGUCGCUGCCCGCGCUCGCAUCGAGCUGCACGAGUCCGAGUUCAACGGCAACAAGCUCAAACUCUACUUCGCCCAAGUCCAGAAUGGCGACGAGGACAUCGACAAGACGUACCUGGCCCCUCCCGCGCCCGUCAAACAGUUCCUGAUCUCGCCGCCCGCUUCGCCGCCCGCGGGCUGGAGCCAGAGUGAAGACGCCACACCGGGCAUCAACUACGACCUGCUGUGCGCAGUAGCCAAGCUAGGACCGGGUGAACAGUACGAGCUCCACGCGGGGACAGAGUCCACCCCCAGCGUGGUCGUCCACGUGUGCGAGAGCGAGACGGAGGAGGACGCGGCGGCGCGGCCAAAGGGGCAGAUCGUCCAGACCCGACGUCCGGAGGGACCCCCAAAAGUCCUCAACUAAAGAGGCCUCAACCCCCCCCACCCGACACCGGCGCGGCCUCCGACCGCCCCUUAGACCCGCAACACACCUGCCCUCUCUCUCUCUCUCUCGUCUCUGCAUUCACGGAGAGCGUCGCCGCCCCUCAUUUCAGUUCAACUACAGGCAAAAACAAACCAACGAACAUUGCUCAAGGACGGUGUUUGUGGGGAGCGUGGCGAUGGAAUGAGGCGGCUUGAAGGGGAUGGAUGAGAAUCUCACACACACACUCAUCGCAUUGUGCGGACGGCGUGGUGAGCGGCGGGCGUGCGCGCCUCGACCCUCGCCACCCCACCUCGUUUUUCGGAAAAUGGGGUGGAGGAUACCUGUCCCAACGCAGGCACCUGUCACUUAUCACACACACACACACACACACUCAGCUCUCAUUGCUAGUGCCGCUAAGUAGCUUGCUAGGUAGUUAGCUUGUUAGCUCGUUAGCUCUCCCUUCGUCUCACGGUCGUGUGUUCAAUAAUCUUUGGUUAAACAAAGACAUUCACUUGCUUUGCUUUUUUUACAAUACAUUUUUUUGUGUGAUACAUAAAUAUAUUUAUGUAUAUCUUUUUCAUCCAUUUUCAUAACUGAUGGUUUGUCGCUUCAGCUUGUAUCAAGAUUGAGUGUGUGAUGUUCCUGCUCUUGUCUGCAUGUAUAUACUGUAUUACAAAAGAUACGUACAGAAACACAAAUACUAACAAAAUAUAUCAAGAAAAAGGAACCUAUUUAACAUCACACACAGCACGAAGCGUCAUAUGUGACUAACAAAGUUGUGGUAAAUGUUUUGCUUUUUUCUGCUUGUUUUAUCUUGUGUUUUUUUAUUUGGAGAGGUGCUGUUUUCUGCUUAACUGCUCGAUGUGUAUUCUUACAAUGUCUUUGAUACCCCCACGCUUUUUGCAUGCUUAAUUACUGCUGUAGAUGAUGAGCUGAGGUGUUUUUUAAUUGUUGUUUGUGAUGACAGGGCAACAAUGUGAGGAUUUUGACACGAGUGCAUACCCCCGCGCAGAGCUUAAAGUGACGUUUGAGGUGGGGGGGGAGGGGGGGGGAGGAGCCUAAAGGUUUUCUCACAAGAUUGACAGUUCAGUCUUCAACUCGAUGGCAAACUUUCUUUUGUCGCUGUUGUUGAGAUCCGACGAAUCAGAGACAGUUUGUCCCCCUCGUUUUCUCCAAGGGGCUUUGGGAUGUGGAUUUGUUUUUUUCUGACUGCGUUUGUUGUUGUCCACUUCUCUAAUGUUUUGAUUAUGUUGUUUGAUCAAACUCACUUUCUAUGUGUCAGGCUUUCCUCUGAAACCUACUACUGCUUGUUUUGCACUAUCUUUUGAUAUUUCCAAGCCGUUGCGGAUGCUCUCGACCGCCUCCUGCUGCGCGCCAUAAUAACGGCAAUUUUUCUCGCUGUAAAUAGCUGAGCAGUCUGAAGAAGUAGUCCUUUUAGAUUUUGUAGUUUAUCUGAAGGCAUUUUGCUGAGAAAAGGCAUGAGAUAUCAACCAAAGCAUUUACUUAGCCCAUAAUGUCAAGAGAACAUUAAAUGAUUGUUGUUGCUCACACACACCAAUGUUUAUUGUUGAAGUGAGGAAGAGAGAUUUUCCCGACAACUUUUUAUUGCAUUAUUUGAUUUUAUAUUAUGAGGAUAUAAUUUGCAGUAUCUAGUUUAGUGGAAAUAUGAACAAAUGUUAACUAAUGUCUAAUAAUAAACCUUAAAUAUUCCCUAUUCUUGGGGGGCAAUAUUCUCCUCUGUCCCGUGUCAUAUCAGCGUAUCACCUUCUCAUGUUUGGUGAAAUAUUUCAGUGCUUUAGAAGCAACAUGAACAAAUGUUCCCUACAGGGCUUUUGGGUGUCAGUGGUGAGUCCAGACCUGAUUUUUCAUUGGCAGCAUGAAAUCCAAACUACUCAUUUUGCUAUGUAACAAUAUUGGUAAGCAAAAGACUGUCUGCAUGUUUGCACUUUAUUGUGUUUUGUUUGUUUCCUUCACAUAAAAUAGUCCUUCUUGAGACAAAAGUAGGAAGCACAUUGCAUUUCUUCUGUUUCUUGAUUGUGAUUUUUUUUUUGUCAUUUAUCUCAAGCUGAACACCUGGUUAGCCUUUUCACCAGCAUAUUGCAGUGAGUGAAACACUCCACUUCCUUUUUGCUAGUGUGAACCUUUGAGAAUUUCAGGCCUUUUUUUGGUCUAUGGAAGCGUACCACUUGUGGUUCUAGACAUGAAGUACAGUUAAAUAGGUAAGUAAAAUCAAUGUCGUUAUUUUCGUGUUCGUCUGCAAGAAGCGUUCAUCUUAUCUGCUGAGAAAGUUAAACUUUCUUUUUUUUAAUGCAGACAGGGUGCAGUUUUAUUGGCACUACAGCAAAGCUGUCGCAGUAAUCUUAGUAGACAGAAUAUUGAGGGAACUACUGAGGUGUGUUUUGAUAAAGAGGAAGCAGCGGAGCAGAAGGAUGACACUGGUGACGUUUUUUUUUUACUCUCUGUGGUCAUGGUGUUUAAAACCGGGCGCAUUUUGGUCACAGUUGAAAUGAAAAUGUAUAUUUAUGUACAUAUGCCAAGUGUUUUUGUCUUUUUUUGUUGUUGCUGAGGCCAGUCCCGGUAUGCAGUUUGUUACAGC